AUGGACGACGACAGUCUGGACGAGCUCACAGAGUGGAGCCCAGGGCCAGGUGGACGCCUGCGGCCCAGCCCUGCUGUCCUGGCCAGCAAUGCUGAAGACAGCAGUGAUGGGAACAGCGGGGACUCUGAGGAUGGCACAGGCAGUGAGCAGAGGGACAACUCGGAAGCGGACGAGGACCUGGAAGAUGGAUCUGGUUCUGAGGAAGAGGACGUGGAGGCCUUGCUGGCUGACACUGAGAAGCGGAAACUAAACCGAAUGUCCAGCUCUGAUGACGAAGCCGAGAACUGCCCCAUUUGUCUCAAUGCAUUUCGAGACCAGGCUGUGGGGACCCCGGAGACCUGUGCCCACUACUUCUGCCUGGACUGCAUCAUGGAGUGGUCGAAGAAUGCCAACUCCUGCCCGGUGGACCGCGCUGUGUUUAAGUGCAUUUGUGUCCGAGCCCAGUUUGGUGGGAAAAUCGUGAGAAAGAUCCCUGUGGACGACUCCCGAGCCCCUGAGGCCGGGGAGCAGGAAGAUCCCACGUUCUGUGAGGUGUGUGGCCGCAGUGACCGGGAGGACCGGCUCCUCCUCUGUGACGGCUGUGAUGCUGGGUACCACAUGGAGUGCCUCGACCCCCCGCUCCAGGAGGUGCCGGUGGACGAAUGGUUCUGUCCCGAGUGUGCGGUUUACCCUGUUCUUCCUUGCCUAGACCUGGGCCAUGUGAGUGAGGAGGAAGUCUCUCAGCUCUUGGUCGAUGUGGUGCCCACUACCAGCAGGCUCCGGCCUACUGCAGGUCGGACCCGGGUCAUUGCCAGGACGAGGCAGAGCGAGCGGGUGAGGGCCACAGUGAACCGGAACCGCAUUACCACCGCCAGGAGGAUCCAGCAUGUCCCAAGGUACCUGAUGUCGUCUCUGCUGGAUGAGACCAUCGAAGCUGUUGCCUCAGGUCUGAGUACUGCGGUGUACCAGCGACCUUUGACCCCGAGACUCUGCGUGUUCUCAGCUGCCACACAGCAAAAGCACGUCGGGCCUGGUGCGUGGGUGGUCGUCAGGAAUUGGCGCGCAGCAGUGGGUGGCAGCGGGCGGCCUGAGCUCUUCCGUCCUAGCGGAGGAUCCGUAGGGCUGGGGCACGGGGGAAGACGGAAGAAAGUGCUGGGAAGAAAGAAAGCCCCGUCCAAAUCCUCUGGGAGAACACGGUCUAAGAGACGCGUGAAGAAAAGGAAAGGGAAAAGGCUGAAGGUCAGACACGAGGUCACCACACGUGUCCGCAUCGCCAGGACACUGGGCCUCCGGAAGCCUGCUCUCGGCGCCUCCUUCCCAUCUGUGUACAAGCCCACUGACCCCUCAUUGGAGCUGAUGCGAGCAGACAUUGGAGUUGCACCUCUGUCCCUGUUUGGAGACCCUCACGAGCUGGACCCCUUUGACAGCAGUGAUGAGCUCGCUACAAACCCGGCUUCCCCUCUGAGUGCCAAGAGGAGAGUUCUGUCGCGGUCGGCACUGCAGUCACACCAGCCUGUGGCCAGGCCUGUCUCCAUGACGCUCUCCAGGAGGGGUGUUGCUGCUGCCGCCGCCGCCGCCCCCCCAGACCCCCCAGUGGAGACAGCCCCUGUCCCUGACCUGCUGGGCAGCAUCCUGUGUAGCCAGAGCCUCCUGCUGAUGAGCAGCGCCGACGUCGUCAUCCACCGCGACGGCUCCCUCAGUGCCAAGAGGGCAGCGCCUGUCGCUUUUCAGCGGAACCCCCUCAGCAUGUCCACUGGGGCUGGGGACUGCAGGUCUGAUGACCAGCAGCCCGCAGCACUACCCUCCGGAAGCGGAACAGGAGGCUUCACUGGAAACAGGCCUGCCCCAGCCCUGAUGAGCCCAGGCCCGGCCUCCUGGCUGCCCGCACAGGUGCCGAGACCUGCUAUACGGCUAGGCUCCUCUGUGGUCCCACAGGCCAGGACCGUCCAGAGCUUGACCAGCAGCACACGUAGCUCCUCACACAGAGGCAGCCAGCCCCGGUUUAACGGAGACAGAAAGCGAAUAUUACCUCUGAGUUCCACGUCCCCGAAAAUCUCCAAUGGUGACUCGGACUCAGCACCCAGACGUCUAGCGCUGGGGCAUCCCCUGAAGCCCACGCCCAGAAGAAGGGAGAUCUCUGAGCUACCCCGAAUACCAAAGAUCAAACGAGAGGGUGGCGGUGGCAGUGGCCACGUGGACAUGGCACCAGCCCGUGGGCAGAAUGUGCAGAUCCCCAGCUCCUGUAUCAGCCGGCUGACGGGCAGGGAGGGGCCUGCACAGCCAGGCCGUGGGGCGCGGGCGGAGGGUGAGCCCAGCAGCCAAGCUCCGCAGGAGCCGGCCACAGCCCCGGCGAGGCCACAACCCACAGCCCCCAGUUCCCACGGCAGUCUGGCACCUAUCGGAACGGCAAGGGGGAAGGGCCUGGGGUCAACCUUUGAGAGCUUUCGGAUUAAUAUUCCAGGGAACACGGCCCACUCCAGCCGGCUCCCUGGCCCAGGUUUCUGUAAUACCUUCCGGCCGGUGGACAACAAGGUGCAGAGGAAAGAGAAUCCCUCACCCCUCUUCUCCCUCAAAAAGCCCAAGCAGCUCAAGAGCGAGAUCUACGACCCGUUUGACCCCACAGGCUCUGACUCCAGCUCCCCUAGCAGCAGCCCGGACACUCUGGGCUCUGGCCUGCUGCCCUCCGAGAUCACCCGGACCAUCUCCAUCCACAGCCCCAAGGCUCCUGCCUGCCAGACGGUGCGCUGCGUCACAUCCUACACUGUGCAGGCAGCCUUCAGGGCGGGGCCGGAAGCCUCCCGCCUCCGGGACGGAGCAGGGGAUGGGCCGGCCUCCGACCUGGAGCUGGAGGUGUCCCCAGAGGACGAGGAGGUGCCCAGACGUAGCGCCUUCUUCGACCGGGAGGCACGUACUGUCACCUGUGUGACGGUUGUGGGCCCAGACGCCCCACCCAGCCCGGACACGCCGCCGUCCACCACUCUCCGUGUCGUGGAGCUGCGUUCGCCAUCCCCGUCCCCCGCCCGCUCGGACACCAGCUCCUGCGGCCAGAAGGAGGCCAGGAGGGAAAAGACCACCACCAAGGAGCCCAAGAGGACACGGUCUCGCAGCCGUUCGGGAUCCCGCUCCCUGGAGAGGAGCUCACGCUCGGCCUCGCCAUCCGCUGGCGAGUCCCUUGCCAGGAAGUCCCGGCCCAAGGCCAGGGCCCGGCGCUCCUCCAGUGAGGAGGGCUCCAGCAGCCACGACAGGGCCAAGAGAAAGAAGGCCAAGGGCCGGGAGAGAAAGCGAGGCUCCUGGGGCCGCACCCGGAGGAGGUCCCGCUCGGCGACCCCGGGCAGCUCUCCCCACGAGUAUCACGAGGCCCGGAAGAAGAGGGCACGGCGCUCGGCGUCCAGGUCCCGCGGGCGCGAGGGCUCCCCAGGCAGCAGCGAAGAGCGCCCACGGAGGCACAGGCGUCGGCGAGAGCGGAGUCGUGAGCGGGCUGACCGAAAGGAGGCUGCCUUCCGGCCACGGGGGCGGCGGCGCUCGAGGGAGAGGAGCAAAUGGAGGGUCCGGUCGUCCAGCACAGAGCAUCGUGCCCGGGAGCAGCGGCGGCCCCGUUCUCGAGAGAGGCAGCCCCGUUCCCGCUCCCGCUCCCGCUCCCGCUCCCCAGACAGGAAGCCUGCUAAGGAGGCAUCCCCAACCCCUGCACAGGAUGUACCUGGGAUGGACCGAGGUUCCAUUGUCAGGCCACCUGCCCUGCCACAGGACGAGGUGCCGGCUGUGGCCUUGCCUGAGGUACCUGCGGCGGAGGUAGACGAGGCCCCCACUGAAGCGCCCCCUGUGCCUGAGGUGCCAAGUGGGAGCGCACCUGAUGACCUGGACUAUGGGGACUCAGUGGAGGCAGAUCACCUCUUCGAGGACUUCAGCGAGCUUGUCUUCCAGCUGGACGACAUGAGCUCCCCACCCUCCCCUGAGAGCAGCUCUGACUCCUCCCCGGAGCGCAUCCCUCCCACGCCGGCCCCUCCCACGCCACGCCCCAUCCCUUCCCCGCCACGCCCCUCCCUGCCCCUCCCCGUUGAAGGUGGCGGCGCAGGCUUGGACACGCAUCAGUCUCUGGCUGCCAUCUAUAGAGAGGUGUCCUUGAUUCACAAUGAUAACGAGCCCCAGCCCCCACCGUCUGCAGUGGGCCCCUCUGAGAGCAUCGUCUUUGGGCAGGAAGUGGCUGGGGGGAGUGGGGCUGUUGGCAUGCUGCUCCCUGGAAGGGAGGGAGAGCCAUGGGCGGGGGAAGGAGCCAAACCCGAGGAAGCCACCCCCCAGACACCUCUGCUGCGCUCGAAGGCUUCAGUGAAGAGGGUCACCUGGAACCUUCAGGAGGAAGAGGGCAAUGGCCCAACCGAGAAUCAGGUGCAGGGACCACCACUUCAAUGGCCGCAGAAGCCUGGAGAUCCAGCCUGGGACAUGGAAGUCUCGGGCCCCACAGCAGCAUUCUGUCAGGUGCCUGCCUUCUCCGAGCCGCUGCCUCCCAUCCAGGGCCUCCCGGAGCCAGUGUUCCCUGAUUUCGAUGCUUCUCAGGUUUACAGCCUCGCUCUGCCUGUGGCCCUGGCCCCACCCUCGAGCGGCCCUUCCUAUGCACCGGGCAGCCAGCCCGUCAGCCAGUUCCUCCUGCAGGGCAGUCUACCCCUGGGAGGCUGUGCAGGGGCAGCGCAGGGCCUAGCCCCUGUGCCAACAGCCCUGACCACAACCUUGGAGCCAGCUGUCCCAGCCCCCACAACCAGUGAUGUGGAGGACAAGAAUGCUGUCCCCAAGCCUGCCGGGGAGAAGGCCAAGACUGAGGAGUACCUGAAGAAGCUGCAUAUGCAGGAACGGGCUGUGGAGGAGGUCAAGCUGGCCAUCAAGCCUUUCUACCAGAAGAGGGAGAUCACCAAGGAGGAGUACAAGGACAUCCUGCGCAAGGCCGUGCAGAAGAUCUGCCACAGCAAAAGCGGAGAGAUCAACCCCAUGAAGGUGGCCAACUUGGUGAAAGCCUAUGUGGAGAAGUACAGGCACAUGCGCAGACACAAGAAGGCGGAGCCAGAGGAGGGCCUGCCGCCCCAGGAGGUGGAGGGCUGA